AUUCAAGGAUUUGUGUAAAAAACAAAAAUCAUGAGUUUGUUGAAACAAGCAGAAGGAGAAGGAAAUCAGAAUAACCUGAAAGUCUAGAUAGGCUCAGGCAAGGAGAAGCAAAUGUAUUUUUAGAAGUAAGCAAUGAAGAGAAAUGAAGAUCCAAGAGUUCCAGGUAGUAGAUUUUAGUAUAUGCAAAAGAGUACUUAAAAAAAAAAACAAACACAGUGGAAUAACUAAACUGAUAUUUACUUGUGAUUGCACAAGUUGUCCAAUACAAAUUCUAAAUUGAAAUAAUACAGGAUAAGUUUUCCAGGUGCUCAUGAUUGAAACAACAUGGUCUUGGCACAACAUAAGACAGACAAGGAAAAAUACAGUUCCAAUAAGGUAUAGGUUUUGAACCUCUUAACAUAUUUUCGUUCCCUGUAUCCUUGCUUUAUGCUGGAAAACUGACUUCAUAUAUUAAAGUAAAUAUUUAAGCACUGUCUGUAUGCUUUCUGCUCUGUGGUGACAAUGCACCUGUAAAUUUAAAAAUGUUGGUUCCACAUAACCUCAAUGGGUGCCUUACAGGUAUGCUGUAAAAAAUGUUUAUUAAAUAUAUAAGAAGAUUAGAUAUGUGAGAUGAGAUCUGUGUAUUUCUGAGUUAGCAGAACAGUCCACAAGAAUGCUAACUCAGGAUGGAAAUGCAGGAACUGCAAUGUUGUUAAUGUUUGACCAGCAAGCCGCAGAGCUAAGUACAAGAAUUCAUUUGUUCUUGGCCUGGAAAGUAGCACUGAAAACCUUUUCAGAAUUAUAUCACUAAGUGCAGCUUCUUUUUCUACUUCUCUGAGUUUUGGAAGAGGGUAGAGUGUGAAUGGACUUGUCUACUCUGACUUUUACAUUGGUAACACCAAUGCGUCUCUGUAAGCAGUAGCAACCAGUGGGAGUGCCAGUGCAAUUAAUGCGCCAGUGAUUUUAUUUCUGGAUUACAUAGUUCUGCCUGGGUAUGGUUAGAAAAUGCAUGUGCCGCCCACUGACAUUGCUAAUGGCAAGUACCUAAGUGCAGACGACAGAGGUUGGAGAAUCGCUUGCUUGUGAUUGAACAUGGCAGGGGAUGUGAAAAGAUUCACACGCAUGCUACUGGAAUGCAACAGCAAUGACAAGCUCUGUGUUGUGCGUGAAUAUCAGACCGAAGUGAUUGUUGUCCCAGCUCUCCUUGUGGGUUUUUUUGUCAUCCUGCUAACCGUGAUCCUUUGGCUCCAUUGUCGAGGCUUGCGAACAAAGCGGGAGGGAUCUUCAGCAUCUGAACAACAAGUGAAUGACAGGAACCAGCAAGAAUCGAGCUUACCUAAGAACCAGUAUAUACAGAUGAGUGAAACAACUGUGGAGAACCUGCUAAAUUCUGCAUCCCUGACUCUGAAAGAACUGGAGAUACCACGAGAGAAACUCUUACCAGGCACCUUGCAGGUGAUAAAACAUGGUCGGUAUGGGAGCAUCUACAGAGCAGAACUGGAAACUGGAAACCCUGGGAAGACUACGACUGUCAUAUUGAAAGCCUUACAAGAUCUGGCUGGUCUCCAGGAAGUAAAGGAUUUCCUGGGAAGGAUUAAAUUCCAUCAGAAUCUUGGCCAUCAUGAGAACCUGGCUGAAUUAGUUGGAUGCUGUGUAGACCGGUUCCCACUUUAUAUGAUCAUGGAAGAUGUGUCUCUUGGUGACCUGUUGACGUUUCUAUGGACAUGUCGGAAGGAUGUAAUGACAACGAAUGGUAUCCCCUAUGACCUCACUGAGAGGCAAGUAUAUGAAGUUGGACAGCAAGUUGCAGCAGCUCUGGCAUACCUUGAACAGAAGAAAUUGUUCCAUGGUGACAUUGCUGCCAGGAAUGUCCUUCUUCAGAGCAGCUUCACUGCCAAGCUGUGUGGUUUGGGGCUGGCCUAUGAAGCUCAUGCAAAAGGUGCCAGCUCAGUCACAGGGAUGGUACCAGUAAAGUGGCAAGCACCAGAGCGGCUCCUGAAGAAACCCCCUAGCAUUAAGGCAGACAUCUGGUCUUUUGGAAUUCUACUGUAUGAAAUGAUUACAUUAGGUGCUCCACCAUAUCCUGAGGUACCACCUUCUGACAUCUUGCCAUACCUGCAGAGACGGAACAUUAUGAAACAGCCUUCAAGCUGCCAGCAAGCCAUGUACAACAUCAUGAAGUCCUGCUGGCAGUGGAAUGCAACUGACAGGCCUUCUCCUGCAGACCUGAUUGAGUUGCUACAGAAAGCUGUAAAGACCAGCAAUGACCAUGCGGUACUGCAGGUGCCUGAGCUAGUGGUGCCUGAACUCUAUGCUAAUGUUGCUGGUGUUGCAGUAGAUAGCCUAGUGAGUGAAUACACUGUACUCUGAAGGACCCUUUCCCAUAUUGGUAAAGGAGUCAUCUCUGAAUUUGCCCUUUCUAGACAGUUUGCAAGCUCAGAAUGAGGUGUGUAUGUUGUGAGGGAUCUCUUUGUUUUUCAGUCACAUGAUAUAUUUCAGAUCUCUGCUCCACACCUGAAACAACAAACUACCAGAAAUAAUAAUAUUAAAUCACCUCGUUGAUACCACUUUGAUAGUGGUCAUUUGAAAGCAAAGUUGAUCUAGGAAGCUGUAGCAAAUGGAAGGACAAAUUUCAGUUGAAGGAUGUUUUGGGAAAUACAUCCUCAUCUUGCUGUCCUGUAAAAUUGCAUGAUUUAGAAUAUGUUUCUGAGUUGUAUUCAGAAGAGGAGGUAUCCUGAGGAAUAUUGUAUGGGGCACAGUCCUAUUAGAAAAAGUGGACUGAGUAGGUAACGUAAAUGGGUAGUUUUCUGUCCAUUACAAUUACACAUUCUCCAAGGACCUAUUGAAGUUAGUUGUAUUCUUGCCCAUUAAGUGUUCAAUAAAUGUCUUAUAAAUGGAUAAUGUUAAGUGUCCAAUAAAUAGAUAAUUUCAGAGCAAGCUGAAGACUUGCAGCAUCCUACAAAGCCAAAACUAGGUUUGUUAACCACAUAGGAUGCAUGUCUGGAAGAAAAAAAAAAGAAAAAAAAAAAGAAUCAUAGAAUCAUAGAAUAUCCUGAGUUGGAAGGGACCCUUAAGGAUCAUCAAGUCCAACUCUUGACACCGCACAGGUCUACCCAAAAGUUCAGACCAUGUGACUAAGUGCACAGUCCAAUCUCUUCUUAAAAAAGAAGAAAGGUUAUGUGAAAAAAAGCUAAUCAAUGGCUCUUCUGAAGGGGAGUAUUCAUCCUGCAGGAAAUGUUCAACCAUUAGUAGUACAUCAGCAUGGAGAUGGUUAUAUACUAAGAAUAUAUAGCUGUACAAAAGAGCUUAGGUUCUUUUUUUCCAUUAAAAUUUAUUAAUCCUCCCAAGACACUGUAAUUGAAGUUUUCUCCUCUAAAUGUAAAAUAACAUGAAUAAAACGUGUUUGUUUGUUUGUUUGUU